UGCACCAGUGCAGCCCAGUGUACUUAGCGAGUCAUUUUCAUUAUUUCCAAAUAUGUGAUAAAAGAAAAGUCGAUUCUGUGAGAUCAACACGUAAAUCGACAUAUUAGCGUGACAUGCAGGUAAUGCAUUAGAUCAAAGACAAUGGCAGCAUCCAUCAUCUUUAUUAUAAGAGAGAUGAUGACCUGUUUCGUUUAAAGCGAACAAUAAGAGAAUUACUUCAUUUUAUUGAAUUGUAAUUGGUACGAAUGCAUUUCACGUGAUCAGAGUCUCAGAGAAUCUCCACAUGAGAGGUGGCGGCGGCCUUUCAAACAUCGGCAUUGUUGCCACCCAGAGAUAUGGGUCGAGUCUGUCUGUAUCCUCACUGCAACAAUACAAAGAUACUGUACGCUUUCCUCAGUGACCGUGUCAGAGCUCGACUUUGCUCGCAGGUGGUUGGCUUGUGGUUAAAUGCGUCCACGUUUGGGAAGUAUGCCUGUAGCUUGCAUUUUAAACCCGAAUGCUAUGUCAAUUUUGGACUUGUCAACUCCGGUUAUGGCGGUCGCCUUGUCCUAAAACAAGACGCAGUGUCAACUCCAGUCACACCAGCUCCUUGAUUUUUACCCAGUCAACAGCUUCUGGUCUGACACUUGAAUUCCAAUGUAAAUGGAACGCAGCGUUAGCUUCAGCCAUAACUGAGUACACCUGAACCAGCCAGUCUUUGGAAAGUGUAUUGGAGAUCAAAUAUGCUGGACCACGGCUCUCCAGGAUCACAACUGGUCACACCUGCCAUAACACCAAUUUUUGAUAUCAAAAUAAGACUUUUUUUCAUUUGUGAUGUCAUAGUGCGACAGAUCAACGCCUACUUCUCCUUAGCCCCGCCCACCAGGUUGAACUUGUAUUAGAUUAAUAAUAAGACACCAACACUUGUGAAACAAAAGAAUAAAUAUGCCUCCGAGGAUUACAAGACGUUGCGCUGUGCCAAGCUGCGGAAGAACACAGUCUUUGCACGGCCUUCCUUCAGAUCCUAACUUAAGGAAACAUUGGGUGAACUUUAUUUUUAAUGAAGUUCCAGAUCGCCUCAUUAAAUCGCUCUUCGUUUGUUCGCUUCAUUUUACUACGGACUCCUUUACCAACAAGACACAGUUUGACGCGGGCUUUUCAGAGAGACUGAAAGUAAAAGAUGAUGCUGUGCCGACUAUAUUGGAUCCGAAAGUAAUGCAACCGCAACGCUCAAGUCACAAGACAAGUUGUGAAAUGGGAUGCCAGACGGAGGAUCUUAACACUCAAGAUGGUCAAUGCCAAACCUUCCAAGAGUUGAAACCCCACACCCUGAAACUUGAACCAAAAAGUGAAACCCCAGAACAGCCAGCGAAACAGCAGGAAAUGGCUGCCUUGGACGUGGACAGCAGUCAGAGCGACUUUCUGCAGCCGGCCAGCGGCGCCCAGGACCAGCAGACCACAGACCUCACGGCCAUCCAGAUGACUGGCUCAUCUGAUCGCUGGGAGGUGCUGACACCUGUGAGCUCAGUGAAAGGUGAGCCAACAGUUGUGCAUGUACCCAGCGGAGGACUUUUGGGCAGCAAUGGGCAAUAUGUGGUGCCAUUACAGACUAUGGCUGGGCAGACCCAGCCUGUUUUCGUGACUGCAGGGGUAGAUGGCACCGGUGCUAAUGGGGUGCAGUACCAGGUCAUCCCUCAGCUGCAGGGGGCAGAUGGGGCAUCAUUAAGCUAUGCAGCAUCCGCUGCAGAUGGAAGCACGCUGGGCACUGACAUCGCCAUCCUUCCGGAUGGAACGCAAGGUAUUGCCACAGCAGCUAAUGCAAAUGACCUCCAAGGCCUACUGAGCCAAAGUGGGCAUGUGCAACAGAUUCCCACAGUCUCAUUGGCCGGUUCAGGGUUUGGUGCACAAGGCCAAGUUGUUGCUAAUAUGGGACUGCCCGGCAACAUCACGUUAGUGCCGAUAAAUAGCUUGAGUAAUGUGGAUCUGGAGUCUCUGGGAUUGGCUGGUGCUCAGACUAUAGCAACAAGCGUAACUGCAGACGGCCAGCUCAUAAUGACUGGCCCCACCACCACAACAAGCGAUAACCAGGGGGAAAGUGGCAAAUGCACAGAGUCACUUAACGCCAAUGAUGCUAACGCUAAUGCCUUUGUGCCAACUACCACCUCUUCCACAUCGACAUCACUUCCUGAGACAAUAGAUGGGACAGGAGUUCUCACCCAAGCCACUGCUGUAUCAGCCGGCCACCAGGAUCUGUCUUACAUCCAGCAGAACCACACAGCCGGCGGUGAGCAGGUGGUGCAGCUCUUACCUGCGCAGACGGCAGAUGGAGCAGCGCAGACACUACAAAGCGUGCAGCUGUUGAAUGCUGGCACGUUUCUCAUCCAAGCCCAAACCGUCUCUCCUACCGGCCAGAUCCAGUGGCAGACCUUCCAGGUUCAAGGGGUUCAGAACCUACAGAAUCUACAAUUACCAGCUGCUGGAGGGGUCUCUUCCUCCCAAAUUACCCUUGCCCCUGUACAGACCCUUUCUCUUGGGCAGUCUGGCGCCACGGGUGCAGUGGGCCAAAUCCCGAACCUUCAGACAGUCACUGUCAACUCAGUUGGUCAGUACCAGCAAGAUGAGAACACAGAAAGCCAUACAGAUAUUCAAAUUAAAGAGGAACCAGAAUCAGAUGAUUGGCCAAAUUCUACCCUGAGCACCAGUGAUUUGGCGCAUCUGCGUGUGCGUUUGGUUGAGGAGGAUAUGGAGGGGACGGGCCAAGAAGGAAAGAGACUGCGUAGAGUAGCUUGCACUUGUCCAAACUGCAAAGAGGCUGGAGGAAGAGGUUCAAGUAUGGGAAAGAAGAAACAACACAUCUGUCAUAUCCCAGGGUGUGGUAAAGUGUACGGGAAGACGUCUCACCUCCGAGCUCAUCUGCGCUGGCACUCAGGAGAGAGACCCUUCAUUUGCUCAUGGAGUUACUGCGGUAAAAGAUUCACCCGCAGUGACGAACUCCAGCGCCACCGCAGAACACACACAGGAGAGAAGAAGUUUGUGUGUCCAGAGUGCUCGAAACGUUUUAUGCGCAGUGACCAUUUGGCCAAACACAUUAAAACACACCAAAACAAAAAAGGGCUAAACUCCAACACUGGUGUGGGUCAAACAGAAGCCGCCGCCCCCUCGGACACCAUCAUCACCGGGGGCGGAGCCACAGUCAUCCUCGCCAAUCUCCAGCAGGCUGGCACCCAGGACCUCCUCUCAAACUCCGACCUCCCGCUCCAAUUGGUCACUGUGUCUGCCAGCGAGGUCUUGGAGUGACCCAAAAUCACGGCCACUUUCACAGCUCGUCUGCUUUUCACUAUCAAUCUUUUUAUAUAUAUAUAUAUGAUUAAAAUACAUAUAUAUAUUAUAAAUAUAUAUAUUUUAAAAAUGACUUAUCCAUUUAUGUUCAAUAGCAGUCUUUUGUACAAACAAGGCAAAAAAUGACAUUAAAUGUGGUUCCACACAAACACAAACACACACGCUACAUGCUCAAAUGAACUUGUGCUCAUACACAGAAAUGCCUUAUUUUGUAUCAUAAUCUGUAGUAUAAAAUGCUGGAGCUGCAUGUGUUUUUACUUUUGCUCAUGUAUAUGUUCAGGGGACGAUCAUUUUGAGAGCGUGUUUGUGAAAUGGUACAUGGAAAGCUGGGAUAUGUGUGCGCGUGUGUAUGAAUGAUUAUAGUAAGAAUGGUGGCAGGAGAAGGGCACAGUCUGCUGUGAGGGAGGUUCACUCAUGAUCUGUCCAUUUUUAUCCUCCUCCCUCUCGGCUGGCCUUCGUUCAAACGUGUCUUCACUUUUAAUUUCAUUUUGACAUCAUGUUAUUGGUCUUUGCGCUCUCGCAUCUCCUGAUUUCGUUGUUCUACUCACAUGCAAGACAUCAGGUGACAGAGUCAAACAAUCGUGUAAUAAACUUCCUUUUACUUGUAUCAUCCUUCUUAUCGCUGUCCAGAUUAUCCCUGUAACAUUCAUAAUGUAUCUUCUUUUCCUUUUCUUCAGCCCCCAAGCUGUUUAUAGCCACAAUUUAUGUAGUCUAAUAAUGAUUCUGUCGUAUCAGAGACUCCUCGUUUUGAUUACUUUUUAAACGUGUAAAAUUUGAUGUUACUUUUGUACAACUAUUUUGUUUUGUUUUUUUCUUCUCCAAAUGGAACACAAUUAAAGGCGGAAACCUUCCUUUGACUUCAUAAA